CUUCAUUUAUCUCUCGUGAAGUAGGGUUUUUACACAGACCGGCGACUCGUCCUCCGCAAACCCUAGUUUCCACUCCGUCGCGCUCUCAACUCAGCAGCCAUGGGGAAGACACGUGGUAUGGGAGCUGGUCGCAAGCUCAAGUCCCAUCGCAGAAGGCAAAGGUGGGCUGACAAGUCAUACAAGAAAUCUCACCUUGGAAAUGAAUGGAAGAAACCUUUUGCUGGAUCUUCUCAUGCCAAGGGCAUUGUUCUUGAGAAAAUAGGCAUUGAAGCGAAACAGCCCAACUCUGCCAUCCGUAAGUGUGCUAGGGUCCAGCUCAUUAAGAAUGGAAAGAAGAUUGCUGCUUUCGUUCCUAAUGAUGGUUGUUUAAAUUAUAUUGAAGAAAAUGACGAAGUUUUGAUUGCUGGAUUUGGGCGUAAGGGGCAUGCCGUCGGAGAUAUUCCCGGUGUUAGAUUUAAGGUGGUGAAAGUUUCUGGUGUUUCACUCCUUGCCCUCUUCAAGGAGAAGAAGGAAAAGCCUAGAUCUUAGGUCUCUAAUUUCUUUCUGACAAGUCCCUCCGCUUCAGUUUUGAUGAAUUGUUAAAAUUUUGGAUUUUAUUUUGUGAACCAUCUUAUUUCCUUUUACCCCUUUAAGAUAUCGAAUCCUGUCUCUUGCGUAUGUAUGCCUUAGACCAUGGACAGACGCUUAAAAGUCUUGAUACUUUAUCGGUUUGAAGUUUAUAUGCUUGGCGAAGUUGAUGGUCCACUUUCUU